CUUCUCAUUCUGCUAAAGUUGGGGGGAAUUUUACCAAAGCUUCUAUAUUGGGACAGAGAGUCAGAAUGCAGCCUGUGCCCCUGCAUAGCCUGUCAGAGCUGGAGAGAGCCUGUCUGCAAGAAAUCGCCUUUUACCAGCUGCAAAAAAAGAACAUGAUCAGUGGUAUCAGCCUUUCUAAAGCUGGACCCAAACGCAACAAAUUCAUCAGAAGGAAACUGGAAAACUCCUCCAAGGAGAAGAAAGACUGUUGUCCCCAGGCCUUUGGGAUCCCGCUCUCCCAAGUCAUUGCCAAUGACUGGACACACAAGCAAAUGCAGGAAGCAGUGAAAGGCAGCCGCAGGGACUGCCUGGAGGUGGAAGCGACCGUGACUAAAUUUCGAGCUCAGAUUCAGAAGAAAUCCCCUUUCAUCGGAGGCUGCGUGCUGGAGCUUGGUGGAGAGUUUGCCGAUGAGCCGCUCUCUCCUACUUUCCUGGACACUGUGUCCCGGAGCCACCGAAGGGGGGGAGUGUCUGUGGACUCCAUCACCGAUUUGGGUGACAACACCUCCAGGCUGCUGGAAGCUCUGCAGCUGUCACAUCCCAAUGAGCUGGAUCUCAGGAGAACCUUGGAGAGGAACAAGACGUUGAGCCUCAAUCCCAUCUACAGGCAGGUCCCGCGUGUUGUGGACAGAUGUUGCCAGCACAUUGAGGCAUACGGACUCCAGACUGUGGGCAUUUUCCGUGUUGGAAGCUCUAAGAAAAGAGUUCAGCAGCUGCGGGAAGAAUUCGACCAGGGAUUUGAUGUUUUCUUGGAUGAUAGUUAUUGUGUCCACGAUGUGGCAGCUCUGCUCAAAGAGUUUUUCCGGGACAUGCCUGAUUCCCUGAUUCCCAAGGAACUCUACUCAGCCUUUGUCAGUACAGCCUUCAUGGAACGCAUGGCCCAGCUCUCCAUGCUGCAGCUGCUGGUGUACCUCCUACCUCCCUGUAACAGUGACACCCUGUACCAGCUAUUGCAGUUCCUGAACAAGGUGGCACAGCAUGCCCAGGAUUCCACAGGUCCAGAAAGACAAAAGAUUCUUGGAAAUAAAAUGACAGCCUCAAAUUUGGCUACAAUUUUUGGCCCCAACCUGCUGCAAAGAGAGAAGCUUCUGGAGAGAGACCCCAGUGCCCAUGCCGUGGAAAUUGAAAACAGCGCUUCUAUCAUCCUCGUGCUCCAGAGUUUAAUUGAGAACUAUGAAGCUUUGUUCAUGGUGUCUUCAGAGGUGCAGCAUGACAUCCUAAGGAGGCUGUUUCAGACAGAGCCUGAUGUCAUUGACUAUCUCUUACGCAGGAAAUUCAACACCACUCUAAGCACAGACAGUGAUACAUCUACAGAGAAGCAUCCUCGCUCCCUACUGGCCAGCCAAAACUGCAUGCUGGCAAGUGGUCAGGUUUCCUCGCAUCUGUACAGCCACGUCUCAUUUCUAAACCUGCAUAUUGAGAAUAGGCAGACCCAGGGCAGCCCAAGCUCCACCCUCACUUUUAAUACGUACCAAACAGGGCAACUUGUCCACCACAAAAAGAGAGACUUGGUCACCCAGGAAAGAGUAGGGACAUCUUGGGAAGCAUAAAUCUCUGAGGGGACUUCUCCAUUCACAGUUAUCAGCCUUCUAAUUCAUAUCAGUGCAGCUCCCCAGGUGGGAGGCACUAGUAUAAAUUGCACAGAUGUUUCACUGCCAUAUAGCAGAGCUAGACCAGAUAAUGCUACACAUGUAGGAGCCCUGUCUACAUUAGUACUCUCACUGUUGCUGCCCUAGGGAAUUACAUUCUGAUUUUUGCCAAUGUAGAUAAGACCUAAGGAUACAUUAAGCUGAAUUCCUGUCUGGCCUCGCCAAUGAUUAGCAAGAACAUACAGAACAUGUAGAGUUAUUUAAAGGGUCUUCUGUAAAAUUCUUGUUUGUUAAAGUCUGCUGGAGAGUUAGCAUAUCACAAAGCUCUGUGCGCGUGUGUGUUCAGGAGGCAGUGUGCGCGCAAUGGCAGGGAAAGCACAGUUUGUGUGUCUGUGAGGCAUGAUGGCAGUUUGUGCCUGCUGCUGGUAGCAAGCCUAAAAUGCCUUGGUGCUGCAUUUUCAUCUAUCAAGAAACCUAAGCUGGUGCAGAAUAUGGCGCCUGUUUGCUAACGUGAGCAGUGCAUGUAGUGGCAGCUCAAGUUUCCUGUGCUCCAGGAUCUGCCUGUUGGUUUGUGGGUGGAGUUUAAGGUGUUGGUUUUGGCCUAUAAAGCCCUGACCUGCUUGGAGCUGCCUACCUGAAAGGCAUUGCUGCCCAUGCUGUGCUGCCACUAGCAGAGGCCCUUGAGCUGGACCCUUAUAUAGGGUUACCAUAUUUCAGCAAGCAAAAAAGAGGAUGGGAGGAGCCCCGCCCCUGCCCCUCCCACUUCCCGCCCCCCCA